UUGACAUGAAGUUUGGGUUGCUGGUGGUAUUGGCGGUGGCUGUUCUGGUGCCCAGCCUGUCCGAGGGCCGGAUCGUCUCUAGAUGCGAACUGAGAGAAAAGCUCGGGCAGGCGAUCACGCUGCCCCCACGUCUUCAACAGUUCAAGCAACAAUACCUGGCAAGAGUUAUCUGUGAGGUGAACAGCUGGUCCCAUCUCAACACCGGCCUGGUCAAGGUGUUCGGCAAACGCACAACCACAGCCACGCCAACAACUAUGGUCAAUGAAACUACUAUCCAACUAAAUACCGCCCAACCAAUCCCAACAGAUGCCACAAAUUCACCCCUAGUCAUAAACAGAAGAAAGCGUGCGGCGAGCAGCGAGGCAGGCAGCGUGGUGUCUGACUCUGCUACUACAACCACAGCCAAGCCAACAACUCCGGUCAAAACACGACAGACUACCAUCCAAAGAACUACCAAACCAAAAACUCCAGUCAAAACACGACGGACUACCAUCCAAAGAACUACCAAGCCAAAAACUCCGGUCAAAACACGACGGACUACCAUCCAAAGAACUACCAAGCCAAAAACUCCGGUCAAAACACGACGGACUACCAUCCAAAGAACUACCAAGCCAAAAACUCCGGUCAAAACACGACAGACUACCAUCCAAAGAACUACCAAGCCAAAAACUCCGGUCAAAACACGACGGACUACCAUCCAAAGAACUACCAAGCCAAAAACUCCGGUCAAAACACGACAGACUACCAUCCAAAGAACUACCAAGCCAAAAACUCCGGUCAAAACACGACAGACUACCAUCCAAAGAACUACCAAGCCAAAAACUCCGGUCAAAACACGACAGACUACCAUCCAAAGAACUACCAAGCCAAAAACUCCGGUCAAAACACGACAGACUACCACCCAAAGAACUACCAAGCCAAAAACUCCGGUCAAAACACGACAGACUAACAUCCAAAGAACUACCAAGCCAACAACUCCGGUCAAAACACAACGGACCACCCACACAACUACCACUGCUCCAACGACCACUCAACCAAUCCCAACAGGUGCCACAAAGUCAACCCUAGGCACAAACGGAACCGGAGCUGGCAACAACAGAAGAAAGCGCGAGGCAAGCAGCGAGGAGUCUGACUCGGCAGAGAUGGACUCGGGGCUGGAGGAACUGCUGAACUGGCGCAACGAGACGGCGGAUGAAGACGAGGCUGAGGAAGACGAGGCUGAGGAAGAUGGGGAACAUGAGAAGCAACCCAGUGAGGAAACCGAGUCGUCUCUCGGCCUUUACGGGAUCUUCCAGCUGUCUGACGAGACCUUCUGUAGUUCUGGUUAUCGCUCCUCCAAAAACAGGUGCAACACAACCUGCGAUUCCUUCACUGAUGACAACAUUACGGACGACAUUGAUUGCUUUGUGAAGACUGAUCAGUGGGGGUAA